CCGGGCUGCGGCGCCGGCGCCACGUGGGCUGCCGGGGGUCGCCCCGAGGACGGGGGGGGCCGGGCACGGGUCCCCGCCGCCGCCUGCGCUUCCCUCGGCCGGGGCCGGGCGGCGCUGGCGGCCGUCGAGGCGGCGGCGAGACACCGCCCACGGCGGGGGUGGCCCCCGCGGGUCCGGGCGGCAGAGAGCGGGGCGCGUCCGCCGGGAUGCGGGCUGCAGGGGCUGCAGGGGCUGCCGGGGCCGCCGGGGCCCGCCGCCGCCGCAUCCCGCACUGACGCCCCCCGCUCCCUCCUCCGGGGCUCUGCGGAGAACCGGCGGCUGCCGGGGGCCGCGCAGCCCAUGGACGGCUCCGCGCAGCCCCCGACGGCGGCGGGGGCCGGCGGCCCCGACGGCGGGUCGCUGGCGGGGGGCGGCGAGGCGUUCGGGGACCGCUCCCUCAGCCAGGGCUUGAGCGUGCUGGUGGGGCUGGCGCUCUGCGUGACCAUGCUGGGGCUGGGCUGCGCCGUGGAGCUGGGGCAGCUGGGACAGCAGCUGCGGCGGCCCGUGGGGCUGCUGCUGGCGCUACUGGGGCAGUUCGUGGCCAUGCCGCUGCUGGCCUUCCUCCUCGCCCUCAUCUUCGCCCUGGACGAAGUGGCGGCCGUGGCUGUGCUGCUGUGCGGCUGCUGCCCCGGGGGCAACCUCUCCAACCUCAUGUCGGUGCUCGUCGACGGGGACAUGAACCUCAGCAUUAUCAUGACGGCCUCCUCCACGCUGCUGGCCCUCUUCCUGAUGCCCCUCUGCCUCUGGGUCUACAGCCGCCACUGGAUCAACACGGCGCUGGUACAGCUGCUGCCCCUGGGGGCGGUGAGCCUGACGCUGGGCAGCACCCUGCUGCCCAUCGGCCUGGGGGUGCUCAUCAGGUACCGGCACCCCCGCGCCGCCGACCUCCUGGUGAAGAUUUCCCUGUGGUCCCUCUUGGUGACUCUGGUGAUCCUGUUCAUCCUGACUGGGACCAUGCUGGGCCCAGAUCUGAUGGCACAUAUUCCCGCAUCUGUCUACACCAUUGCAGUGCUGAUGCCUCUGGCUGGGUACGCCUUGGGAUACGGCUUAGCCACGGUCUUUAAAAUGCCCCCACACUGCAGGAGAACAGUGUCUUUGGAAACAGGGUGCCAAAACGUCCAGCUCUGCACCGCCAUCCUAAAACUCACCUUCCCCCCGGAGCUCAUAGGGAGCAUGUACAUGUUUCCCCUGCUUUACGCGCUUUUUCAGUCAGCAGAAGCGGGACUCUUUGUGCUGAUAUACAAGAUGUAUGGGAGAGACAGCUACAAACAAGAUACACUCGGCGAAGAGGAAGACACAGAUAUUUCCUACAAGAAACUGAAGGAAGAGGAGGUGACCGAUACUUCGUACGGCACAGUGACCACGGAGGAGCACAGCUCUGUUCAGAUGGAGCCGGUGCAGACGGCGCUUUAGGCAAGAUAAGGAGGGGAUGCCGGGGGAUGUGUGAUGUGUGUUGUGCUUGCAACCAGGCUGGGGCCGCGCUCACUGCUGUGUGAGUGGAGCUGCCCGGCCUCCGUCAUUUCUUCAGCUGCUCCCAUUGUACGAGGUGAUGUGUAAACGUUAAUUACCGUGACUGUUGUAUUUCCUCAGAAAUAAAUACGAAAGAAAAUUUAAAAACACAGGGAAAAGUACGACUGCAAUGCAAACCAGUAACCGUUCGUCUGCACGCAAGGAUGCUCCUGCCCGCCUGAGCACAGCCGGGAUGGGCAGGAGGAAGGUGACGAGCGUUUCGCAGGGGUGAAGCCGGUGCGGUGCCGGUUGCGGAUGAACGGGCAAACCACCCCCGCGCGCGUGUACCUCUGUGCCUCCCACCCGCUGUAACAGCGUCGUGCUCGUUGUUGUCACCACAAAUACAUGGCGAA